GAAUUCUGCCUGCACUACUCAGAACUUCUCCAAGGCAGUAGUCGAGUCAUUUCCACAUCUGCAUGCAUUCCCAGUCGCGAGCUUCCAUACCUUUUAUUGACUAUGAAAGCGCUAUCCGCCGGUUUAGCAGCCGUUUUCGCAGCUGCUUUGCUCAGCUGCUCCUGCAUUCUCCCGCUGCUGGGCACAGUGAGCGCAGCCGGUGUUGUAGAAGAGCUUCCACGCCAUGACAAUUGUGCAGCUACUUACCAGUCGCUGAUUGAGGACGUCUUCUAUGCGGAGGACAGAACCUGCAAGGAGCACGUUCGCGCGGCGCUUGUGGCUGUGGAUUCGCGGGACUGCCCAUCCAUCAAUGCUCUGACAAGCGCGGUAUGGACGUGCAUGAGCGGCUACAACUCCGUCAGCGGCCAGGUUGAUCAGCCCCGCAUCGAAGCCUGGCUCAAGGUGUACAGUAUCUGCCAGGGCCUCUCGAUCCUUCAGCAGCAGCCGGGAACGGUGGCCCGGAUGGUCACUAUCACGGACCAGCAGCCUAACCCAUGCUUCAAGCUGUUCAGUGACGUGCACGAGUUCGCUGCAUACCUGCACAAUGCAGCACUCCGCACAAGUCGAAGGCAGGCUGUCACUGCUGCGGGUGGCCCCACUGGCAGUGUUGCCCAGUCUCCCUGUGUCGCCAUCAAGACCUCUGAGAAUCACACAACACCGGGAGCUGUCGACUCCGGCUGCUAUCCGAACGCAAACUACCUGUUUGCAACUCUUCCUGCACCCACGACUGAUGCUUCUAAGGUCAUCGCGCGCGCCCUGGCUCAGCAGUGCCUGGCACGUGGUAGAGGGAGCGGUCCCUGCCCUGUCGACUACAGCGCCUACAACACCAUUCCAAUGCCCGCGGAUGCUCUGCGCAAUUCCCUUGUGUGCCCAGGGUCCCUCAUGGAUGUUCUUUUGACAUGUGACAAUCUGAAUCCUGCAUACGGCGGCACUGUUGCUGCUUGCCUUGAUAACCCAUUGUGUACUUGGGCGGAUGUGUCGAAAGUGUUGCCUUCUGCUGCGUACAAUAAAGUACAGUACGCAGACAACAGCACUUUGGAUCAGAUAUUUGAUCCGGCGUUUGACACGGACGCAAUGCUUGACACACUUGGAGUGGACAUCUUCUCCCCGUUUAAAGGAUAUUUCGAUUUUGAAUGGCCGUACGAGACAAGGCAGAGCCAACUCUGCUUGCCCAAGUGGGCCACCAAUCAGUCCUACUUGGCACAACUCUACUCCACGUACCUGAAACCAGCAGAACGGAAGUUGCUAAGUGACUACAUAUUGAGGAACAUAACGUUCACACUUGCAACGUACUACAACACGGUGUACAUCAAUACCGACUUCAUCUCAUAUUUCUACGGCGCCUGCCCUGUUUCCAUGCGAGCCAUCAAUGCUCUCAUCAAGUGUGAUUCGAUUCAAGAAAGCCGGGAGGCAUGCAACUACGUACCUUACUGUGCGUGGUACUACGGCUCCUGCCAGCUGGCGCAUCUGGAGCCCCUGAUCGUUCAGGAUAACAGCAUCUUCACUUCUGACCCUUGGGCCAGGGCCAUUAUGAACUUGUCGAACAUGUGCAUGCCACUAAACAGCAAGCGGAGUUUCCAAGCUGAUACAUAUGGAUCGCCCAACUGCUCCGAGUUCCUGGCAUCGGACUUUGGGCGCCAGAACCCACUUUCCGUGUUUGAUGCGGCCAGCAAUGUGCUGGAUCCUGCCGGGCCUUACUAUCCGACCAACCUGCAGGCUUCAUUCUAUAUGCCUGCCGGCACGGCGACACCAAAUGGCACCGCCGGACAAAGCGGUGGCAGUAGCAGCAGUGGUGGCAUUGGCAGCCGUGCACCCAACCCGUACACUAAUGCGCCUGCAACUAGUGGUGGUGGUACGGGUGGCAGUGGUCGCACUCGGUUUCCGGUGUGGGGUGUAGUUGUGUUAGUGUUUGCGCUCAUGGCACUGGCACGUACGCCCAGUUGGUAGGUGUGCGAUGGGACAGUCUUAAGGCAGGCAGGUACGCCCAGUUGGUAGGUGUGCCUGGGGGCCGCCUCAAGCGUUCACCGCGACUGCUGUGUGUAUGCCGCCGUGGAUUGAGCCAAGCCGUUGAGCAUGAGCCUUGAUGAGGUGAUGAGGAUCAUAAGCAUGGAGUGAUUGCAUGACUUCCUAUAAACAUACGGUAGCAGUGAUGAUAGAUCUUCGUACUUAUGCAACUCUCUGCGUGCUUCUGUGUUGCUUGUACGGUGGCGUCUAGUAGCUUUCCAGGAGCGAUCACUGCAUCCAGAUUGUGGUGACGGCUAACCAACAGGAAAUGAUGAUCUGAAUCUGUGCAAGGCAGGGGUGGGCCGGUCACGUGGGUGGUCUUGCAACCCCCAGCCCGUGAGGCUGGCUAGUGAACUGGUCCCUCCUGUCACCGAUGCUAUUAGAUACUUACCCCACGCAGAGGGGUAAGAGGGGUUAUCACCUCCGAUGGUUAGCAUCGCUGUGAUAAGGGUCAUGCGCCCUUGCGCUAUGAAAUGACUUGCGACCUGGGCGGGUGUAUUAGUGGGGUAGGUGAUGGGGUGAGGGUAAACGUGCGUGUGUAGUUUUUGUGUAGGGGGGAACUGUCUGACUGUGUCAGCAGCACACUCUCGCCUCGCUUGCUGUGCCCAAUGGUUAUGUCGACAGGAUGCAACCUAUGCUGCGCACA